AUGUGUGACGAUUGUCGCCGAGCGGAGGCAAAAGACUUUUGGCGAGCUUGCGUGCAAGUCCGGCAAAAGGCCGAGUUCAAGAAAACCCUUUUCUAUCUCGAACAACUUCUGCUCAAACACAGUGCCCACAGCCAAUGCACAGGAGUGAAGCCCGUUCCAACUGGAAUCGAUUUCUUUUUCGCCAAACUUCAGGACGCUAGGAAAUUCGUUGAUUUCCUUAUGAUGGAACUAGUUUCACAUGACACGAAAAAUAAUACCUAUGACUACAAACACACGUUCUGUGUGGAAAUUGUUCACAUAUGCAGAGACAAUAUAGUGUGCAUGCCUAAAAAAGUUGCCCAACAUCUGGGUAAUAUGAGUCAGAUUGCGAUUUGCUUACGUGUAUCUAACGUCAUCACUCUUAUCGAUCCAAGCAACCUACAGAUGGCGGAUGUACAAGCGACCUCGUUUUGGCGGGAUCCGUUCGAUUCGCUUUGCACACCUAAGCAGUUGUCCGAGUUUUACGUAUUAGAUGUGGAAAGAGUGGAUAAUUUGGACAGAAAAGCUGGUCAUGGUUUCAUCAGCAAAAAACAUGUACUGGCGGAUGUGUGGCUUGUGAGGAGUCAUCAGGUUGGAAUGUCUGACGCGCAAACGCUUUCUACACGCACCCAUUUGGGGCAUCUGUUGAAUCCUGGAGACCUGGUCAUGGCGUUUGAUAUUCGCAAUUGUAAUGUGAACAAUACUGUAUUUGACGAAAUGAAGCCCGAAGAUAUCCCAGAUGUUAUAAUUGUGAAAAAGGUGUAUGAUCGUGCUCGAAGACUUGCCCAUCGAAAAUGGAAGUUGAAACGUUUGGUUGUAGAUGGUAACAUCGUUGGUAAUGAAACUGAAAGUGUUGCAGACGAGUUCCAGAGGUUUAUGGAAGACGUAGAAGAAGAUCCUGCCUUGCGUGAGAAGAUUAACAUCUACAAGGAUGAAGAACGAAUAAAUCAAGCUGUUGAUAGCGAUGACGAAGCUAUACCUGAUGCACCUACUCUUGCUGAAAUGUUGGAUGACCUUAACUUUGAGGACAGUGAAAUGCAGGACGUAGCCGCUGAAUCAUCGCAGGAAGAACCGAUGGAUAAAGUUUAA